UUGAUAUAAAGGAGAUUUGCAUUGUGACAAUUGUUAUGUCGUUUUGGCAUCAGGAUUCCUGCUGGGUUGCACACUCAGUGGCAAAAUAUUAAAUAUUUGUAUACUUCAUAAGAUACUUGAUAUUUUCCUUUGUAAUGACAGCACGUAAGGUGUUCAGGAGCACACCUUCACACUUGAACACUUCACAGUUGAAGUGUUUUAGCCGCUUGAUUUGCAUAGGUUUUACACAAUCAUAGAUACCGGCUUGCAAAUGUGCAAAGCACAAACGCUACUGGCCAUCUAACAGGGUUUAACCAAAUACCUGCAUAGUGCAUAUCUAAACACGUUCCUUAUUCAUGCAUCACAAGAAAUGACAUUCAAAACAUGUGUAAAUUCUUUUAGAGUUGUUGUAGAUGUGAGGCUACAGGAUACACACAUGGCUUUCUGAUCUGACAUCAAGUGCAGGAUCCCAGUGAACAUUUCUUCAACAAUGGGCUGUUCUGCUUAUUGCUUCCACUGUCUUUUUGAUCAUGGGACACCGGUGAUUCUGGUUGUUAGUAGCAAAAAAGUGGGAUUCAUCUUCAGACUGUUGCAGCUAUGCAUCAUCGUAUAUGUUGCUGUGUAUGUCUGCUGGUAUAAACGGGCCUAUCAAGAGAGAGAUUCAGUGAUCAGCUCAGUUAGUACGAAGGUGAAAGGAAACAUUCUGACCAAUUCAUCUGCUCUUGGAACUCAUGUUUGGGACACUUCUGAAUAUGUCAUCCCACCACAGGGUGAAAACUCUUUCUUUGUUUUAACAAAUGCGAUUGUUACUCAAGGCCAAACACAGGGCAGCUGUCCUGAGAUUCCAAGUGAAUUCACUAAUUGCCAAUCAGACAGUGACUGCAAAGAGGGACUCAAAGAAAUUCGUGGCAAUGGCAUGUAUUCAUGCGUUCAGACGGGCAAAUGUGUCCAAUACUCUGAAACCAUCAAAACCUGCGAGGUCCUGUCAUGGUGUCCUCUGGAAAACGACACUGUCAUUCCAAAGCCUGCUCUUUUGAGCGCAGCGGAGGAUUUCACCGUGCUCAUCAAAAACAACAUUCAGUAUCCAAAGUUCAAAUUCAGAAAGCGAAAUAUUUUGCGUCACAUCAACUCCACAUACUUGAAGAACUGCACAUUCAAUCAUAAAACAGACCCGCACUGCCCAGUUUUCCGUCUGGGAGACAUUGUGACCGAGUCAGGAGAAGACUUCAGUAUCAUGGCUCUCAAAGGUGGCAUUAUUGGUAUUUUCAUUGACUGGAGCUGUGACUUGGACUUCAAUGAACGCUUCUGUGUUCCCAAGUAUUCAUUCAGGAGACUCGACAACAAAAAUCCUGAAAAUAAUGUUGCCCCUGGUUACAAUUUCAGAUAUGCAAAAUAUUACAUGAACAAUGAAAACACUGAAACGCGGACACUGAUAAAGGCCUUUGGAAUCCGCUUUGACGUCAUAGUGUUUGGAAUGGCUGGUAAAUUUAAUAUUGUGCCCACUAUUGUGAACGUUGGUGCCGCUCUUGCCCUUCUUAACCUGAUGAAGGUCAUCUGUGACUGGUUUAUGCUUAAUUGUUUGAGUGAUAGCGAAUACUACUCUAAACACAAAUUUAAGCAUCUCAAACCAAAGGAUGAAAGUGAGACAUUUAGCUUCACAGACCAGAGCUCCUACGGGACUCCUUGAUGGAGUGGAGUGAACACUUAAAAGCAUCAAGAUGGAAAAUAUUAUUUUCAUUUUCAUACACUGUCAUUCAAAUAUUUGAGGUUUGCGAUAUGAUUUCAAUGUUUUUGGAGGUUUGUUCACCAAAGCAGCAUUUUUUGAACAACAAUACAACAAUAACAAGAAAUGUGCUAAAUGAUGACAAUAUGGUAUCAUUAUGUCUACAAUACACUGAAUCCUGCAAGCUGGCAUUGUGCUAAAUAAUGCUAACAACAUGUUUACAAUGUUAGCAACAUGCUAAAUCAAGCUCAACUGUGUUUGUAGUAAAAUGGUGAUUAUACAAAUAGUCUUCAAUUUGCCUAAAACAAUGGUUGCACUUUACUAUAAUGAAAAUCAUGGUUCAUUUUCAUGAGGGAACACACAAAACAUGCUAACAUGCUCAUGAUAACAUGCAAAACAUUUCUGAUUUGAUGAAAUGUGUAAGCAACAUGCUAAAUAAAGUUGAAAACACGUAGCUAGUCUAAGUAUAACAACAAACACAUUGUUAACAAUAUGCUAAAAUCAUGCUAAUAUUGCUAAAUCAUGUUAAACUCUAUCUAUCCAUCCAUCCAUCCAGAGGAGAAUCUCCCAGGGUUUGGGUUAAACUUAUCUUGCAACAUAAACUGAAUUGAUCUUUUCACACUUACUGAUAAUUGCUUUUUCUGUCUUGUCUGUUCAUCUCCGUAAAUCUACUUUGACACAUUAUGUACUGUACAACAUUCUGAAAUAAAGAUGACUUGAAGAUGACAACA